AUGCUCGACGUAUUCGAUUUCAUCAAGGAGAAGGGGGGUGAUCCCGAGAAGAUCAAGGAGUCUCAAAGACGGCGGUGCGCGCCAGAGGAAGCUGUUGAUGAAGUCAUAUCUCUUUACGAAGAUCACCGCAAGACUCAAUACGCCGCUACCCAAGUCAACACCAAGAUCAACGACACCCAAAAACAGAUUGGCGUCAAGAGGAAGGCUAAGGAAAAUGCGGACGACCUCAUGAAGGCGAAGGCCGACUUCGAGAAGGAGAAGAAGACGUUGGUAGAGCUCGCGGCUGAGAAGGAGCUGGUCUUGAAGAAGAAGAUUGGUACAAUAGGCAACAUUGUCCACGACUCUGUGCCAGUCAGUGACAACGAGGACCACAACGCCGAGCUACGGAAAUGGGCGCCAGAAGGCAUAACAGUCGAGAAGCGCGACGUUCUUUCCCACCAUGAGGUUCUGACGAGACUAGACGGCUACGAUCCCGAGCGAGGAGUGAAGGUUGUUGGACACAGAGGAUACUUUUUGAGGAAGUGGGGUGUGUUCUUGAACCAGGCCUUGAUCAAUUACGGACUGGAGUUCCUCGACUCGAAGGGAUACACGCCGUUACAGACACCACAGUUUAUGCUGAAAGAGUACAUGGCAAAGACCGCGCAGCUGGAGCAGUUCGAUGAGGAGUUGUACAAAGUUGUGGAUGGAGAUGCGCAGAACGACAAGUACCUUAUUGCGACCUCUGAACAACCGAUUUCUGCCUUCCACGCAGACGAGUGGUUGGUUCCGAAGGAGUUACCCAUCAAGUAUGCUGGAUUCUCCUCGUGCUACCGUAGAGAAGCUGGUUCCCAUGGUCGUGAUGCCUGGGGAAUUUUCCGCGUUCACCAAUUUGAGAAGAUCGAGCAAUUCGUCCUUACCGACCCCGAGAAGUCAUGGGAAAUGUUCGAUGAAAUGAUUGCCUUCUCAGAAGAGUUCUACAAGUCCCUUGGAGUCCCAUAUCGUGUCGUCGCUAUUGUCUCUGGAGCGCUCAAUAACGCAGCUGCCAAGAAGUACGAUUUGGAGGCUUGGUUCCCCUUUCAAGGCGAGUAUAAGGAGCUUGUGUCUUGCUCGAACUGCACAGACUACCAGUCUCGAGCUCUGGAGAUCCGAUACGGUACUAAGCUUCAGACGGAGAUCCGAAAGAAGUAUGUUCACGCAUUGAAUUCAACUCUCUGCGCAACGGAGAGAGCCUUGUGCUGUCUAUUGGAAAACUUCCAGACCGAAGAGGCAUGCGCCCCCGCUGGUUUCAAGGUCCCAGAGCCACUCCGAAAGUACCUCCCUGGAGCCCCCGAAUUCCUUCCAUUUACCAAGGAGCUGCCAAAGGAUACUACAUCUCAAAAGGCGAAGGCUAAAGGUGGCAAAGAGGCAUCAAAGCCUAAGACAGCGCCCGUCGGAGCUGCUCCGGCGGAAGCUGCAGAGAAGCUAAAGGAUCUCCAAGUCUGA